CCAGCUGGUCCUGCUGCUGCUGCUCCUGCUCCUCGGCUUCCUCGGCUUCCCGGGGCCGCUGCCAUCCGCAGGUGAUCGAGCCCCUGGGGAGCUGGCCCCUCUCCGCCUGCAUCCCCGACCCUCUCCUCCUCCAGUAAAACAUGGCUGAAGACACUCAGAGAAACUUUCGUUCAGUAUAUUAUGAGAAAGUUGGAUUUCGUGGUGUUGAAGAAAAGAAAUCAUUGGAAAUACUCCUCAAAGAUGAUCCUCUGGAUAUUGAGAAACUUUGUACGUUUAGUCAGCGGUUCCCUCUCCCGUCCAUGUACCGAGGCUUCGUGUGGAAGGUGCUUUUAGGAAUCCUGCCUCCUCACCAUGAAUCUCAUGCUCAGGUCAUGAUGUGCCGGAAGGAGCAGUACACAGAUGUCCUGCAUGCCCUGAAAGUCAUUCGUUUUGUCAGUGACUCCACUCCACAGGUGGAUGUCUACCUGCGCAUGUAUCAGCUAGAAUCCGGAAAGUUGCCUCGAAGUCCUUUCUUUCCUCUGGAGCCAGAAGAUGAAGUAUUUCUUGCCAUUGCCAAAGCUAUGGAAGAGAUGGUUGAAGAUAAUGUUGACUGUUAUUGGCUUAUCAGAUGCUUUGUGAACCAAUUAAAUAACAAGUUCCGGGAUUCCUUACCCCAGCUGCCAAAGGCUUUUGAACAGUACUUGAAUCUUGAAGAUAGUCGUCUCCUGAAUCAUAUGAAGACAUGUUCUGUGGUAACCAAACUGCCUUAUGAUCUGUGGUUCCAGAAGUGCUUUGCAGGUUGUUUACCUGAAUCCAGUUUACAGAGAGUUUGGGACAAAGUUAUAAGUGGUUCCUGCAAGAUCCUAGUUUUCGUUGCUGUGGAAAUUUUGUUAACUUUUAAAAUAAAAGUAAUGGCAUUGAACAACGCUGAAAAAAUCACAAAGUUUUUGGAAAAUAUCCCUCAGGACAGUUCAGAUGCAAUUGUGAGCAAAGCCAUCGACCUGUGGCAUAAACACUGCGGGACUCCAGUGCAUUCCAUGUGAGCCUUUCCCCACCUUUUAAACAUUGACCUGGUGUACUCUGACUGAAUGUGUGCUUUUCAGAGGCUGACUACAGAUCACUGUAAACAUUCUCCUGAGCUGACUAAAAAUGCAUUGGAAUUUGUUUUCAAUUUUUGUUUUUGUUUUUGUUUUUAUGUUCUAAUGUUGAAAAUGU